AUGCCGCCUCCAGAAAUCUCGAAAAGGGUAUUAGACGCGAAGCUUGAAGCUUGCAAAUUCGCAUUCUUGAAGCUAAGUGCCGUUAAGACGACGAGAAUGAAGAACUAUAAGCAAUUACGUACCUUGCUUAUGUUGAAAGAAAUAUCUCGACGUGGUGCUGAUCGAGACUUUCUUAAAGAUCCGGAGAAUAGUGUUACACGAAUUCUGUGUUCUGUCCUAAAGCAAGUGGUGAGUAACGCAGACCGGUCUCUGAAGUCACUUCGUGGGUUUCAGUAUGAGACAUUGGAUGAGCAAGAGAAGCAACAGGUGACGAGGAUGAUAGCAAGUGUACAAGGAAUGGGAAGUAGAAAAUUCGAACCAGAAGCUGUAGAUAAUCUAGAUGACAUGACUGAGCCAAUGGAAAUGGAGAUUUAUUUGGGAAACGGAGAUGACUCCGUUGGUGCGGAUUUCGGUGACAUUGUCUUGGAUCCAAUCUCAUGGCCUUUGGAGUCCCAACUAACUCUUGAAUGGGUUGAGAUUUUGAUGGGUUUGGUGAACCAGUUCACUUGGAAAAGCUCUGUUUCCGAGUUCCCUUUGGUUCUGCCACAUUCUGUGGCUGCUUCUCUGGUGGAUUGUGCUUCGCAGAUUCUAGACAAAGAAGCCAACUGCGUUAAAAUCGAUUGCUCUAGUGAGAACUCUAGAGUGAUUGUGGUUGGAGAUCUCCACGGUCAGUUACACGAUCUCCUCAAGAUCUUUGAUCAAUCAGGAAGGCCUUCACAGAACCAACGGUUUGUGUUCAAUGGUAAUUACAUUGGUCGAGGUUCUUGGAGCCUAGAAGUCUUCUUGGUUCUCUUAGCUUGGAAGAUUCUGAUGCCUGAGAAUGUAGUUUUACUUAGAGGAAGCUCUGAAACAAGAGUUUCUGCGGAAGAGCUUUAUUUCUUGAAAGAAACAUGUGACAGAUACGGCGAGAACGGUCCAAUGCUAUACGCCAAGUGCAUCGACUGUUUCAAGAUGUUACCUUUGGCGUCGGUGAUAUCAGAUAGCGUCUACACAACUCAUGGAGGUCUCUUUCAAAGCUCUCGUGUCCAAGAAGAUGGCGCGAAUCCGACUUUGUUGUUGGGUUCUUUAGAGGAGCUUGACAAGAUUGAGAGGAGACAAGUUGGUGAGAAUGAUGAUGAGAAUACAACUCUUAACCAUGUUUUAUGGUCUUGUCCAUGGAUGGCUGAUGGUCUGAGCGAAAGUAAUUACAAGGGACUUCUUUGGGGAGCUGAUUGCACAGAGAGUUUCCUAAAACAGUCAAACUUAAAGAUGAUUAUAAGAUCACAUGAAGGUCCUGAUGCAAGAGCAGAUCGAGAAGACAUGGGAAACAUGUUAAGUGGGUACUCGGCAGAUCAUGAAGUUGAAUCUGGAAAGCUUUACACAAUCUUCAGUGCCUCAAUGUUCUCACAGGGUUCAAGAAACUAUGAAAACGAAGGCGCGUAUGCUGUUCUUGAGCCUCCCAACUUCACAGAACCCAGAUUUGUUUCUUACACUGUCGAAAAUGUUCCAAGGGUUCAAAUGAGGAGUGAUGGAUCAUCAUCUCGCCAAGUGCAAACGUGGGAAAACAGAACGGGAGAUGGUUUUGCAUCAAUGGGGAUUUCAAAUCCGCCUUCUUGGACCGUUCCUCUGCCAAGUGAACCGAGUCAGAUCCUUCAGCUUCGAGAGCCUCCUCAUGUCUUUGAAGGUCUUCCACUUCCUAACACGAUUGAGGAGCCUCACAAAUCAAACUACGACUACUUGUUCAGACUCAUAAGCGCUCUUAAACAGGAGAUUCAAACCAGGGACAACCGCGAGAAAGAAUUGAUGGAUCAUUUGACGAAGACGAAAGCUACAUUGGAGGUCAUAAGCCAAAUGUCAUCUUCGCUCUGA